AUGGCUUCAGCGAUCAUCAAUGUGAUAAUUGAUGGCACGGUGGUGACACUGCUCGUGAUAUACCCCUACAGCAUCACAGACACUGACCUCAAGCCUGAGUUGCUCAUCAUCAAGGACUGGUUCAUUGCAUUUAAUAUUGCAUUUAAUAGAUACAACCUUGGGCUCAGACAUGCUCUACAGGACAUUGAUGGAAGGCUCCCAAAUUUAACUGAGUCAUACCCUGUGGUGACUAUAUUGGUGACAAAGCUGCCUCAGUACUGCCAGUGCAUGGGCCUCAAUUCAAGGCAGAAUGACAGCUGUGUGCACAUCUAUGUGAAGAACAACAAGCUCUCAAGUGGGUGCUAUGACAAUUGGCUUCUGAAGAAUAAGAGCAACAGCAAGCUCUUCAGUGCAGUCAUUUGUUUUCUAGUUUUGGAGUCUUCUUGGGCAUUCACUCAAUUUCUCAUUUGCAAUGACUUAUGUAGCCCUAUCGCAUUCCUCAACAUCUAG